AUGGGAACUACAGAGUGUGGGAACUACAGGGAUGAACUUGUAUUUUUUGUGAAACUGAGUAAAAAGAAUUUGUCAAAUCUGGAAACGAUUGCUCGGCGUGUAUACGAUCUUGCCAUGUAUUAUCAAAUCAUGUCACCACAAUUCACUGCUUUACUAGCCAAAGAAUUCCCCGUGUUGCUGGGUGAUGAACACAGUGUUGUUGUUCCGGAAUUUUUGGACCAUUUUGCUGAGCUACUUUUUGCAUUUACAAUCAGUGGAGAAAGUCUGGAUGUUUUUGAUCAAAAUAGCGAAUAUCUCAGUCGAGCAGAAUAUCAAAGGCGACGUGGCAGUACCGGAGCAAUGGUCAGUGGCAACAGCGAUAAUGAUGAUAUCAUUAAAUUACGGUUCGACCUGCCAAAGGCCGCAAAUUAUUUAUCAAUUUAUCCUAUUCCGGCCACUCCACUUGGACCGUCCAUCUAUGAUUCAUCCUUCUAA